ACGGCUAAAUUCGCUGCGAAAUGGCGUGGGGUUACUGGAGCGCAACUUCGGUCAGCGAUCGGGGUCGGUCACCUCGUCGCGAGAAGGAUAAACAGCAGCAUCAGAGCUUGCAUCAUCAGCAACAGCAACAACAACAAUUUCAUCAGACCGAGACGGGAGUUACGCAGGGGUUGUACGGUGUCGUACAGCAGGUACAAGGGGAGCUAGGUGUCGGCUCCUCCUCCGUCUGUAGCGGGCCUAGUGGUGUUGCCGGUGUCGGUGCCGCAGUGGAGGAACCACCCUGCAGUAUGAUGAUACAAGGUGGUGCCUUCUAUUCUUAUUCAGCCGCUACGGCCGCAGCCGCCGCCGCCGCCGCCGCAGCUGCCGUUGGGCGUAGGAUUCCCUCUGCCGUCGAAGGACCAUCCACCUCUUCCACAGGCAUACAAGUUUUACCAAGAGAUCGCCCGAUUAAAUCGAGCACCAGCACCUACCCGCCCUCGCCGAGCAGCGACUCCGCCGAGUACGAGCAACCUAUCGGAGGACUUCGCACCGAAUGCUCCCCGAACAGCAGUCCCCGCGACGAUAUAUUCAUCCAACCCUCGUCGUCCUCCAGAAUGAAGAUACUCACCGACAAAGGCAUCGACGACGCGUCGGACCUCGACGUCGACGAAAUCGCCGCGACGGAGAUGAUGUACGCCACGAGCAAUCGCGCUAUAGGGUGUCGUGUACAUGGACCGUGUAAUCCGCCACCGGAUACCGCAGGCCCCAUCCCCUCGCUGAUAGACGACACGACCGGAACUCCUCAAUUUUGGUUCAACGACAUCACCUGGGUUUUUCCCAACGUGCCGCCUGCACCUGGGAUGCCAUGUCAAGGAGAAGACAGAAGCAUCUACAGACGCGGCGCACGUAGAUGGAGGAAGCUGUACCGAGUGAAUGGUCAUAUAUUUCAAGCGAAACGUUUCAAUCGGCGAGCGUUUUGCGCCUUCUGCCAGGAUCGGAUUUGGGGACUAGGACGACAGGGGUUCAAAUGCAUUCAGUGCAAGUUACUCGUUCACAAGAAAUGUCACAAGGUGGUGCGCAUGCCAUGCUUGAACAUACAACAGCAGCAGCAGCAGCAACAGAUGUCGAGCACAGAAUCGCAGACGAUCGACAGGAACGGCGAUCAACCGCUUGAUUCUGUCCAAUGUAGCCCUGUAGCUCACCUCGAAGAUGAGAUCUCAGAGUCGCCCAUUAUCGAGGAGCAUUCGCGCAAUCGAACUGGAAGCGAAGAAAGGGAGGAAUUGCCACUGGAUACGUUAAAUGACGCAGAUAAUUCUAAUGAUAUGCAGAGGCAAUACUCGUUGAAUGAUUUUGAAUUGAUUAGGGUAAUCGGUCGUGGUUCCUACGCGAAAGUUUUGAUGGUCGAACUGAAGCGUACAAAAAGGAUUUAUGCUAUGAAAGUGAUUAAGAAAGCCUUGGUAACGGACGACGAAGACAUCGAUUGGGUUCAGACGGAAAAGCACGUCUUCGAAACUGCCUCGAAUCAUCCUUUCCUCGUGGGCCUGCAUUCCUGUUUUCAAACGCCUUCCCGUCUAUUCUUCGUGAUUGAGUUCGUACGCGGCGGCGAUCUUAUGUUUCAUAUGCAGAGACAACGCCGACUUCCAGAAGAACACGCACGAUUUUACGCAGCUGAAAUUAGCCUCGCCUUAAACUUUUUACACGAGAAAGGUAUCAUAUACAGAGACUUGAAGUUAGACAAUGUACUACUCGAUCACGAAGGACACGUUAAAUUAACUGAUUACGGAAUGUGCAAAGAAGGCGUUCGAGAGGGCGAUACAACUGCCACGUUUUGUGGCACACCAAAUUAUAUCGCGCCUGAGAUAUUACGGGGUGAAGAUUAUAGUUUCUCUGUAGAUUGGUGGGCACUUGGAGUACUGCUGUACGAAAUGCUCGCAGGGCGCAGCCCGUUUGAUGUUGCGGGCGCGUCGGAAAAUCCCGAUCAGAAUACCGAAGAUUAUCUGUUUCAAGUUAUUUUGCAGAAGACAAUUCGUAUACCGAGGUCGUUAUCGGUUAAAGCAGCCUCUGUCCUCAAAGGUUUCCUUUGCAAAGAUCCUAAUGAAAGAUUAGGUUGCGGUAAAAGGCCAACUGCUUUCCUCGACAUCGUUGCUCAUCCUUUCUUCAAAGCAAUCGAUUGGGAAAUGUUGGAGCAAAAACAAGUUACACCACCUUAUAAACCACGUUUAGAUUCUGAUCGCGAUUUAGCUAACUUCCCACCAGAGUUUACAGACGAACCAGUGCAUUUAACACCCGAUGAUCCGAGGGUAAUCGACAAAAUCGAUCAAAGCGAAUUCGAGGGCUUCGAGUACGUGAACCCGUUACUUAUGUCUCUGGAAGACUGCGUGUGACAAGAACCGCUUGUUAUUGUGCAACAUCACAAUCAAAAUCAUCAACAAUUGCAGCAGUGUUACAUGUACGAAUUACAAGACAAACUUGCGAAGCUUCGAAUCGAUCCUCUGUUGAACAUCAGCUCAAGAAGUCG